CAGAUUAUCUCUACUUUUUCAAUAAUUAAUUUUUCUAAUAUAAUUUUUCUUUUUUUACCUUUUUUAUUUCUUUUUGAAUUUGCCACUUGUUUUUUCUCUUUAAAUUUUCCUUGUAACUUCAAUCUUUAUUUUCUCUAUAUACAAAAAAACCACCUUAUUUUUCUCUUUCUCAAUGUCGUUCAACGUAAUUGCCAAACGCACUAUCAGCAGCUCGCUGGUCUCUGCUUCCCUCGCUCAUCGCUCAGCACCUAUGGUUGGAACCAUCAGCCACCAGCUGCAGCAGCGUAUGACGCUUCGCACCGCCCAGCCGCUGCUGUUCAAGGCCACAACGCCCAAGGCGCUGUUCGGAGAUGAGGUUCCUAACCCGGCUGCCGUUCCCCAGCCUCCUGCCAACCGCAUGCAUGGCUCGUACCACUGGAUGAACGAGCGCGCCAUCAGUGUCAUCUCAGUCCCACUGCUCGCCACCGCGUUCAUCUACGGCUCGCACCCGAUUAACGAUAUGUUGAUGGGCAUUGUCCUGCCGAUGCAGGCGUACAUGGAGUUUGACCAGAUGCUGCUUGACUAUUUCCAGGCACGUCGCUGGCCCGUUAUCAGCCGUGUGCUCAAGUAUGCGCUGGUGACCAUUACUGGCUUGGCCAUGUUUGGUGCCUGGAGAAUCAACACCACGGAUGUCGGUCUGACCAACUACUUCAGCAGGAUCUGGAACGCCAACAACAAGAAGGAAGAGAGGAGCGACUAAGUGUUGUUACCUUUAUUGUUGAUUUUUUUAUUGAAGGGAAAUAAAUGUGACGUUUUUUAAUUGAGGGUUAUUAUUGUUGAGCAGCCUGAUGAUAUGGAAGUGGAUGUUGAUGAAAACUCGUUUCACGAUCCUUA